CAGCCAUAUAUAGCAUUCAGGUUGGCAAUUGGGCUGCCGUUGGUCCUCCGUGGUUGGCGAGCCGCUCUAAUCACUGUACGACGCGACGAUAUAACUCGGUAGGGCUGGGCCUUCUUUCGCGUGCUCCUCCCUUGCGGAACCGGUCGAGCGCACCAGUUAUCUCGGCCCUGCUGCCACGGUGUCCUCCGGAGACACCUGCAAGUUGCCGGUCGAUGAGCGCAUUACACUUGCGGGCGCAUUUUUGAAGCUGAGCCCGCUCGCAUCCCGAUGAGACAUCGCCAACGGUAGCCCCCAGUGGCGCGUGCGUCGACAAUGGCCCCAUUUUCAGUAUUGAGGAGAACUCCUCGCGGUCGAAAUGACCGCGAGUCGCGAAACGACAGAAAUGACGUCAAGACGGCCGAUGACACGCCACAGGAAGAUGGGCGACGCGAUGGAAGCACGGCGGUCGGCAGGCCAAAGGAUGCAGGUGAUGGCAAUGAGACGGCGGAAACCAAGGGGCGUCGAGGCCUCAACAGAGAGCUCUUGCAUAACCUCCGGAGUCGACUUACAGGAAACCAGCGGCUUGCCGCUCGUCAGCCAGUCUCCUCCUCACGAGCUCCGCUCGGGCAGGACGCAACAACAACGGUCUCGGAGACGUCGACGCCACUCUCCCCGCGUGCUCCCGUUAACGCGAACAAACCGCUUCCGUCGCCGCCGCCGCCGGGCAGCGAGCAGACUCGGGACCCGCCGGCGAGGCCCGUCCUCAAGUUGGCCCGCAUCAUGGCGACGCUGACCGACUCCGAGAUCGAGAAGCUCUUCUCAGGGGCUCCGCAGUUUUUUGCCCGGUCCGAGGGGCAUUACACGGGAGCGCCGCACCCCUCGGUGGCAUUUCCGUGGGACGAGGAGCUGGAGAUCCGGGAUCUCACUGACCAUACGCAGAUCGAGGACAAGGCUUGGGGAUCUGUGACUGCCUGGCCACACAUCACGCGUGAUGUCAACAGCGAUCGGUCUGCUGCGCAGAGGGCUUCCGAAGAGAAGCGCCGGGCACACUUCCUCCCGCGGUGCCGCGAGCGGCCCAAUAUGCUGAGCAUGGCCGGUCUCGAGAAGGGGAGCGUCGGCUACCAAGCAGCCCUCGAGCUUGCCGUGGCUGAUGCUCUGCAGGAGGAGCAAUGGGGAUUUGAAGGCCUUGCUGGGCGGCUCCCCGCCAUUGUCGAGCAGCGCCGAAAGAUGCUCACGUCAAAAGACGGGCUCCGGCACGUUGAUGAGACGCUCAUAAUGGAGCAGCUCAUCAAGAACGGGCAGCGGUACAACGAGAAGCAUCUGCGCGAGCGGCGGGUCUCGAGCGAACUCUACAACGAGUUGUUCUUGCAAAUCCUCCAUGCACCCACAAAGGUGCUCGACCACCGAGACCCAUACAGCUUGGCGGUUCAGAUCUUGGCCCUCGUCAAGAUCCUUGCUGCGCCAAACAUGUGGAUCGACUUUUCACAGGUAGAGUGGCGCGUCCGGCUCGGCCAGCUGCUUUGGGAGAACCCCGUAGAAGACGACAGCGGAAAAGACAGACCCUCCAACGAGACUGCCGACUCGGCGAGCGAUAUCCACGAGGAGCGGUAUUGGCUGCUUCUGCAGAUUUUGCUGGCUUGCGAACUACUUAUCAGGCUCGACACAAUCACCGAGGGAGAGGAAGCCGGCAUGGAGAGCAUCAGACCUGCCGAAAUCCACAGGUUUGACAAGGAUGCAAACAAGUCGGUCAAAUGGUCACUGAUCCUGGCGCGGGUGUGGCUCGAGAAUAUUGAAGUUGUCAAAACCGAGGCGGCCGAGCCAACGAACAGCGAGGAGAAACCCUCAGGGUGGUUGGCGACCCUGACGAAGCGCAUGUCCCUUGGCCGCGAUCACGGCUCGCAUGGCCACCACAGCCGUGGUCCGGUAUAUGCGAUAAGGGGGAAGCAUGUUCAGCGCCAGGUUGACGGCCUGGCCCAUUUUGCUAGUCGGCUGCGCUGGCCUGGUGCCGAUCCCUACGUCUUGAAGAUAUCCGAUAACUGCCGCUCUGUGGUGGAAGGCACUCCGCUAAGCACGCCGCUGGCCAGCCCGAGCACCCGGGGUGAAAGCCGUCAUUCGUUCGAUUUUGGCGCCCCAAAGACGGAGACAAGUCCUCGGCGCACUUCGUCCCGCCCGAGGAAGAUCUCAGCGGCCCUGCAUCCAUCAGGGUGGCUCUCGAAGAGCUACGUCUCCGGGCUGAUGCUACCCGGCGAAACGGUCUGCCAUCUCUUGAUGGCAACCUUGUUGGAGAACGACCCCGAAGCUCUGUCGAGAUUAGGUCCCAUGGCUAAUUUUUGCGGCGGAUUCGUCUACUCUGGCAAGAGUUUCUGGAGCACGGCAUGUAUUGUUGGUCGUGUGCUUGCUGCUGGCAAGGGUGCAGUAGAAUGUAUGGGGUGGAUAUCCAGUGACAUCACCCCGCAGGGCCUCGGUGAUGGUUGGGUGGACGUGAGAGCCGAGAAAACGGCCGAGGAUGCAUUUCAGGUUGACAAGAAAGCUCGUCUCUGGGGCAAAAAAGCGAUUGAAAAGGAGUCCAAUGUCCUCGGGGAUGCAGAUCCUUCAUCUGUUCUUCCGGCUGACUUCAUCAUCCCGUUUGAGAAUAUCUACCGGGACAAAACGCCGCCCGUCAUAAACAUUGAGCUGAAAACCUUAAGCCUGAGGGCGCCGGUCGACUUUGUCCACACCUCACCGACCGAAGAUUAUGGAGCCACCUCAGUGUCGGAUGCUAGCCGACCUUCGCCAAUCCACACUUACGCCGCCGCCGUGACAUUUACUGUGACAGAUGUCGAGUCUGGGGAGGUCAAGGAUUACACGUAUAAGUUGGCCAAGGAUAUCAUCUUUGUUACCGCGCACCCUUGCGUCCCCUCGCAGCAUGUGAAGAUCAUGAAAUCACCCUCCAGUCCCACCAUCCGGCAAGUCGACCUCUCCGGCAACAACGUUGCUGGUAAAACAGCUAGCGUCGUUGGCCAUCCCCUACACAAGUACUACACGUACACGGCGUUGCACUUAUCCGAGCUGCUCACCAAGCAAGACUUCUCGCUGGAGUCCCUGCUGGGCAGUUACUCGUCGGCCUCGCACCGGCCCAGUCUGACGCCGGCCCCGAACAGCAGCACGGCCAGGGUGCUCGUUGUUGACUGCAUCACGGGCUUCCAGCCGCAGCCGCAGGAGCACGAGAUCCCGCUGUCGCCGGUCCUCAGCCGCACGGGUAGCAACGCGUCCGCCGCGCCCUCGCCUGCCGUCCCGCCGCCGGGCGGGGAGGAGGGCAGCGUGGCCGGCGCCGGCGGCGGUGAUCGUCUGGCGGGCGCGCUCGAGAGCGCGUCGAAGAAGAUGCACUCGGAGAGUCGGCGGCGGCAGUUCGGGUCGGACAUGGAGAUGCUCGCGAGGGCGUUCUGUGCCGAGAAGGGCUGGAAUGCCCUGAUCAGCCGGCGGAGGAGGGGGUGUUUGGCAUGCGCGAUACGGGAGGCCGGGGCUUUGGGGUGGAAGGUUAUAAUCCGUGUAGAUUAGACGAUGAUCCAACCAAUGUAAGGAUACGAAGCUAGUGCUGGCGAGUGUAUGGCCAAUAUUCGUCCA